UUUGCAAUUUAUAUCCUUUACGGUUUAUUUUCAAUAUCAUUAAUAACGUCAGCACAGGAGAGUGGAAAGAGUGGUGAACCAGACUCUAUAUCGCAGAAGAACAAUUGUAAAGUAGUGUCCUUGGAUCCUGGUGCGGAUGCGAUUAAGCAAGUAACGAUAGGGUAUGUUCAACUUUUUAGCACAAUUCAACCACAAACACAACCAAAAAUCAAUUGGGAUAAUUAUGAUUUUAUAAAUGUUAUUGCAUAUCCACAAGACGGAGGAGGAGAUCAGUAUGGUUUUUUUCGGCCAAGGGAUGUUGACAAGUUAAGCCCAAUAAAUGAUUUGGUAGCUAAUAAAGCUAACCCGUCUACUAAAAUUCUUCUUUCAAUAAGAAAUUAUAACGUUGAUCAAUGGCCGAAAGAUGAUGAUGUCGAUUAUCAAAGAAUUAUUGACGAUGCAAUUGAUACUAUUAAAGAGUAUCAAUUAGAUGGUGUAGACAUUGAAUAUCCUGGAAUGAGAGGAAAUUUUUGUAAAGGUCCUAAUGGAUGGGAUAAAAAAGAUGAUGACAGAUUCAUUAAAUUUUUAAACGACCUUCAAGAGGCAUUGAAUGGAAAAACACUAAUAUUGACUGUUGGUAGAGAAUUAAUUGGAAAUUUAAAAGUUGCAAUUAAUUAUCUUAACAUUGAAACAUAUCAUAAUAGUUUAUACCUAAAUGCAAAUGCAAAUGCAAAAACGCCAAAUCAGGACUUCUAUUUAUCAGGUCCAAAUUCUCCAUUGAAAGCAUUCGAAGAUGCAUAUUCAGCAUGGAAUAACGCUGGAAUCAAUAAUAACCAAAUAAUUAUGGGCGUGGAUUUUGGGAACACCAUUCAAGUGGUAUAUGAUCCUAAUAAUGAACUUGCACGAAGUCAAACUGUUAAAGCUCCCAAAAAUGCUAUUAUUGAUGUUAAUAGUCUAGAAAUAACGAAACAAACCCGGCAAAUCAAAUAUCCUUGUAAUGAUCCUUAUCAAAUAUAUUCAUGGCCAUGGAAAUACUCUUCAUCCAAUCUAGAUCCAAAUUCUAACUUUUGUACUGUUAACAACAAUAAUGAUCAUUUUAAUUGGACACGUAAUUUUAGUCAAACUGAUGGAUCUGAGACACCAUGGCUUUACAGCGCUGUUAUAGGUGCUGAAUUUAAUUAUUAUUAUGUAUCUUAUGAAGAUCUUAGUUCAUUACGUAGUAAAUUAGAGUUUGCAGUGACAAAUUCAAUCGGAGGAAUGUCAAUAUCUGAC